AUGUAUUUUUUUCAGAUUGAAAAUAUACGCACACUUAUCAAAGUGACCCGACUAAAAUUAGAAGAGAUGAAUGCAGAAUUCGGAAAACAUCAGCAUCCGCCUCCCUUAUAUCUUCAGGAAUAUGAAGAACUGGCUAAUAAAAUUCACGAGUAUCAGCUUACAGAACAGAAGUUAUUAGAACAGAUGAGCAUAGGUCGAGCUUCACCACCUCCUAGUCCACUACAAAUGAAAGAAGAACCUGCUCGGUCGCCAGGACCUCCGAUUACACCCAACACUAUUCGAGCAUUCUUACCAAGUGAUAUGGUUACUACAGUAAGUAUAACAACUCCUGGUAUAACGUUACGAGAGGGGUUAACUAAACCAAUGAAACGUAGACAGUUAUGUUAUAAUGAUUGUCAAGUCUUCAGACAGGGUACAAGAAUUCCUCUGACGUGGAAUACAGAUAUGGCUGAACUAGCUGGUCAAGAAGUCUCAGUUGAACUGAUUGGUGAAGAGGGAAGGAACAGAUCUAUGUCUCGUGCUGUUGGUCGAAAGACAUUUUUCUCAAUUACAUUCUGUGAUAUGUGCCAUAGUUUAUUAUUUCAAGGGAUACGGUGUCAGACCUGUGGUAUCAAAUAUCAUCAACGCUGUGAAGAUAAGAUACCAAGAAAUUGUCAAGGCGAUUUAGACGACUAUUUUAGACAACGGCAACAAAACAAAAGUUCAACAUCAAACAGACCCUCGACAACAUCUCCGCGAGUUCGACAUCGUAGUCGUCAACCAGCGCCUCAAUUAGGCCAGAGAGAGAGAUCCACGUCUGCACCUAACGUCUGUCACAAUCUGGUCGAAAAUGCCGGCAGUUCCAAUACUCUGAAAUUACCCCUAAAUUAUUCUAGUCCAAGCGGAAGUCCAACUAAAUCAGCCCAAAGUUCACCAACUAGUUCUUCUAAACUUGUGCGACCUAGAGCAAAAUCUGUUGAAACAGAACCAGGCAAAAGGAGAGCUCGUCGUGAUUCCAAUGAUGAUUGGGAAAUAUCUAAUGAUGAAAUAGAACUUGGUGAUAGAAUAGGUUCAGGAUCAUUUGGAACUGUAUUUAAAGGACAUUGGCAUGGACCAGUGGCCAUUAAAAAAUUAAAUGUUAUAGAUCCUACUCCAGCUCAACUACAAGCUUUUAAAAAUGAAGUUGCUGUGUUAAGGUCAACACGUCACGUGAAUAUAUUGCUGUUUAUGGGAUGUGUGUCGAAGCCUCAUCUUGAAAUUGUCACUCAAUGGUGUGAUGGACACAGUCUGUACCAACAUUUACACGUUAAAGAUACUAAAUUUAGAAUGGAUCAGAUUAUAAUGAUUGCUAAACAGUCAGCACAGGGCAUGGAUUAUCUUCAUGCGAAAAAUAUCAUACACAGAGAUUUAAAGUCAAAUAAUAUAUUUUUAACGGAGGUAUUAUCUGAUAAUAUGACUGUCAAGAUUGGAGAUUUCGGUCUGGCUACGGUAAAAACAAGAUGGAGUGGAUCUCAUCAAUUUCAACAACCAACUGGUUCUAUACUCUGGAUGGCUCCUGAGGUAAUUCGUAUGAAAGAACAUAAUCCCUACACAUUUCAAUCUGAUGUUUAUGCAUUUGGUAUUGUGUUAUAUGAACUCAUGACUGGAGAAUUGCCUUAUAGUAAUAUCAGCAAUAAGGACCAGAUCUUAUUUAUGGUUGGUAAAGGUUAUUUAAGACCAGAUGUCAAUAAGGCUAGAUCUGAUACACCUAAAGCAUUUAAACGUCACAUGUUAGACUCAUGUCAAUAUGAAUGGGAGAAUAGACCAUUGUUUCAACAGCUUCUUGCAUCAUUAGAAUCUUUAUACAGUAGUAUACCAAAGAUAAAACGCAGUAAAUCUGAACCGGCAAUACACAGGACGGAUUCCUUCGAUCUGGACUAUCGCUAUAUGUGUCCUUCACCUAAAACUCCCAUAAACUCUCAGUUUCUACAGUUUAACUUUAUUCACGCAGGCGAUUACUGA